AAUCCAAACUAAUAUUAUUUUUGCUUGUGUUUCCGGACGUGUCAAACAUUAAAAGAACCUAAGACUACACUAUUUUAUACCAUAACUUUGACACAACUCUGAUACAAUAAAAUAAAAAUAACUGAUAAAAAAUUGUAGGUUAAUAUAAAAGUGACAGAUCAUCGGUUAUAAUUUACAGCAUAAAGAUAGUUCCGGUAAACAACCUGGUACUAGAAUUGUCAAACAUUUCUAUUUUUUACCCUUACACGUACGUAAGCAGUGACGCUGUCUUCUCUAUAAGACCUGAGAUUCCCUCCACUUUUCUCCUCACUCCUGACUUUCACACUUCAACACUGCCACUCAAAAUUGUAAAGAUGUCAAGCUCUCAGUGCUUUGAGAACCCACCAACUCUGAGCUCAACCUGUGGAGCAGGGACAGUCCAAGAAUUUGGAGGCCUUCAAACCUAUAUCACUGGCUCUCCAGAUUCCAAGCUUGCCAUCCUUCUCAUUUCCGAUGUUUUUGGGUAUGAAGCACCCAAUUUAAGGAAACUUGCAGACAAAGUUGCGUCAGCUGGAUAUUUGGUGGUAGUUCCUGAUUUUUUUUAUGGGGACCCUAUUAUUAAUUUUAAUGACCCUACAUUUGAUCGAGACUCAUGGCGAAAAACUCACAACACGGAUAAAGGAUAUGAAGAUGCCAAACCUGUGCUUACGGCUCUGAAGAGUAGAGGAGUUUCUGCCAUAGGGGCUGCAGGUUUUUGCUGGGGAGGGAAGGUAGUAGCGAAAUUAGCAAGUUCUACUGACAUUCAGGCUGCUGUCGUGUUACAUCCUGGAAAGAUCACGGAAGAUGAAAUUGAUGAUGUUAAGGUUCCUAUUGCUAUAUUGGGAGCUGAGAUUGACCAUACCUCCCCACCUGAACAAUUGAAAGAGUUUGGAAAGAAGUUGUCAGAAAAAUCUGAGUUUGAUAGCUUUGUGAAAAUAUUCCCUGGUGUGGCUCAUGGAUGGUCAGUGAGGUACAAUCUUGAGGAUGAGUCAGCCGUCAAGAGUGCUGAAGAGGCCCAAUUGGACAUGUUAAAUUGGUUUACCAAGUAUGUCAAGUGAAAAUUGUUUAUACAUGAAAGUGAACUCUGUGGGUUUGAACGUGCUUGUAAGGCAAUGUGCCUAGAAGACUAAUUUUCCAUGUAUUGUAUGCAGAAAUCAGCAUCCUUGUUUCUGAAAUUUGGUGAUAAUUACAUACUCAUGGAUGAUUAUUUUACUAAUGAUAUUAUUUUCAAUUAGUACAAUUUAGAAUGUUGAUUGAAAUUGUCUUAAUUAAAUGGCCAAUUCUUGUUUGCCAUU